CGUCGUCGUCGUCGUCGUCGGGAAGAGGACGUGGUUCGUCGUCGUCGUCGGGAAGAGGACGUGAAUCUUAGUCGUCGUCGGGAAGAGGACGUGAAUCUUAGUCGUCAUCGGGAAGAGAGGGGCGUUGAUCCUCGUUUGCAUCAUCCGGUAAACAGAAUUUAGAUAGCGAUUGCCGUCAUCAGAAAGAGAAAAGAGGAUUUGUAUCGUCCUCGUGGGUUGAAGAGAGGACAGGACGACUUUCAUCGCCUUGGUCGUUGUCUGUAAGAGAGAUGGGGACUUGCAUCGCCGUUGUCGUCUUCGGCGAGGGAGAGGUGUGAAAGGAGGACCUCGGGUCACUACGUCGUCAGUAAGGAAUUGGUAGACAUUGAUAUUCGUCGUCGCUGGGAAUGGAGUAGAGGUGGAUUGCCGUCGUUGUUGGGACGAGAAACGGACGUGGAUAGUCGUCGGUAAGAGAAUUUUUAGGAGAGAACAUCGUCAGAGCACGAAAAUGAUCAGUGGAAGGUGUCGGCUUGACAAAAUAUGGCGGACGUGUCGGAAAACGUUUCAUUGUAAUCAACACUACCGCUACCAGAAAAUACUCUCGAAGCAGGGAAAGAGUAGUAGUUGAUGCUUAUGGGAAUUUGGUUUUCUGCUCAGCCUUAAUCUGUCUACCGGAUUAGUGCGUGGAGAAAGUAUAUGGUGGUCUACUAGGGUAAUAUUGUCAGUUUCGCUUUGUACUUUCACAAAUGCCAAAUUUCCAAUCUACGAUAGUGCGCAUAUUGUUCAUUAUAUUGUUCAUUUAGCAAUGUUGUUCAAAUGUUUGCUAUUUAUAGCUCCGAGGAGGAAGACGGACAAAAUGACUAUGGAUUUAAAUUCCCUUGGAAGAAUACUGUUAUUACAUCAAGCUCUGCAAGUGAUCUAUUGCAAGAAAAAAUGAAAAUCAGAUUAGUCACCGUUUCCUUUUAAGGGCUGCAAUUUCACCAGCUCUGCAAUCACUCUAGUGUAAGAAAAUACAGAAAAUCAGGUUAGUUACCGUUUCCUUCAAAGGCUGCUAUUCUUCGUCGUUUUUAUAGCAGUUAUCGGUCGUCGUAGUUUCCCGUUAUGGUAGCUGUAGCAGACUACAACCCCUUAGAAAUAUUGCGGUGGCCGUUGUGGUCAAUGAAGGUCAUCUCGUCUUGAUUAGAGGUGUGGUUGCUGUUGCCGUUCAUUACCUCUUGAGCUCAGUGGUUCAGUACAACUUCAGUGCUGAGGUGGCCGUUAUCGUUCACAUCCAGAAUGCUAUGGUGGCCACUGACGACCAUCACAUCUUGGAUGCUGGAUCAACAGUCGUCGCCGUGUGUGGAGAAUACACUGCCGAGCUAUGGGUCCUUGCCGUUUACACCUGACAUCGUGUAUGGUUGCUGGUCGCCGUCGUCGAGGGGGCUGGAGCGGCGCCUUCGAUCGUGUUCUGUAAGUCCGGUUGCGGAGAUCGGAAGAAUUAUGGCUGUCAACAAAUCUCCAGUAAAGGUUCCCCCUUUUGGCUUGAUUGUUGUGGCUGUGGGUCGAGCGAGCCAGACACUUUCCUUGGCAGUAGAAUGUAUCGGGGUUACAAGCGGCAGCAUCUGUAGGCCUUGGACGGGACAAGACGAAGCACCAGUAGACAUAGCAGACUCAACAGAAGGGGUCAAGAGGCGCUAAAGUUAAUGUUUCACAUCGGCAGGCAAACAGUUUACGGAAAGGAUAGGUGACGAGGGAUUAGCUUACCCACAAUGAUGUAGGCUUGCAGUUAUCACUGAUUGCAAGCGUAUAUUUAUUCAUUUCAAGAAAAUGUGAACACCGGAACGUCGUAACAAUCUUCGCAGCUAAACGUUGAAUAUCUUCACUAAGAUGAACACUUGAACACGAUUUGAUUAUUGGAAAAGAGUUUUAAUGGUAUUUUAUUUGCAGUCUACAUGCAAGUGUGUUCUAAAGAAAGAAAAUUUCAAUACUGAAACAUUGAACACGGUCGUGUUUUUGGAAAAGCCAUUUGUGGCAAAAUUCUUCGUCAGAUAAUUGGCAAAGUAUUUUUUCUUUGGAUAAUUUUACGUAAACGUGGAAACUUGUGCAUGAGGCUGUAGCACUUGAUUGAUCACUUUGGCAGCUUAAGCUGGCAAGGUCAGUGUUCUGCAGUCUACAUGCACAUACCAUAUAGGAGACCCCCUAGCGUGUUGCAGUCUGCUUUGGGAUUUUAAGAGUAAUGCAACGUGGACCUUCGGCUUCAGACCUUCAUUAGUAACAAGACCGUCCCAUCGCCUCAGGGUUGGAUAAUUUUAAUCUACAUUCACUGCCCAGCUCAACUUCGGAAUCCCCAAGUUUAUUUCUUCAAAUACUUCACGUUGCAGAUGCGACUUCUAUCUGCAUUAUCCCCUGUAGGAACCUGCACUUAUUAUCACCAUGAUCUUCAUAUCUACAUACAUCAGCAUACUUCAUCUACAUAGACGUACUCCACAAAUCAGCACCGGUCAUACAACCUGCACAACCUUCAUUAAUAUCUUUGUUUUCCUGUCAGCUCUAUCAAAUCUUUUACAAUAAAAGAUAAACAAUGAC